AUGUCUCAUGAUGCCCUUAAUAACAUUAUCUCAAAAAUCAAUGACAAAAGCGAAUUGAUUCUUUCAAAUGAGGAGACAAAUAGAAAAAAGAAAACGAAUUCGAUUUGUAAAUCCAUGAGCCAUGAACAUCAGGAAGAAGAAAUCUUAACAAAUACCAAAUGUUACAGCGUCUUUAGCAGCUCUCUAUCACAUGUGUCGGAUUCCCAGCUUAAAAGUACAAGCGACACAGAUGCGAUUGCAAAUUCAAGUGACAAAAGUAACGAUCAGGAUUUUGUAGCCUCUGACGAUUCAGCUUCUGACAUUUCUACUGCUAACAAUUUCUCUGCUAACAAUUCCACUGCUAAAAAUUCCUCUGCUAACAAUUCCUCCGCUGAUGAUGAGACGAAAGGAGAUGUAGAAGCGUAUGCAAGUGGAAACGAUACUAAUAAUAAGUCUAGUCAGGACAAGGUUUCCAAUUUUAAAGGACACGUGAUUGGUGCCAAUUACUUGAACAAUAAUAAAAAUGGAUUUUGGAAAAAGGAAAAAAAGAAUGUUAUGGGAUAUAACUACUUCACACACAGACAGAAAUUAAUAAAUGUUGAUGAUUCAAAGAUUUUAAAAAAUACCCCAAUUAGUGUAUUUGUCGGGACUUGGAAUUGUGAAUAUUUUGAUUUCUCCAAAAAUGAUUCAUAUGAUAAGAAGAGACACACAGCUGAUUUUAUUAUAGAGGAUGUAAAAGAGGAAAUUUAUUCUGUAAAGCAGAAUGAUCGAUAUUCUCUCAGAUCUAUAAACCCCCAAUUGUAUGCCCAACAAAUGCACAAUUUUAAGAUUACGGAUUCUACAUCAAAGUUAGAGGGUUCUAGACACUCAAGUGACACACAUAUACAAUACAUUAACGAGAAAUUAUUCGAAAAAACACAAAAGAAUUUCCUAAACGAUUCCAAAAGAAACCAAAGGAGCAGUACACCAACUUCGGUCAUUCCUAGUGUCUGCAUUGAAAGGAACAAUUUAUCACGCAAUUAUCUUAAUAAUGUAAGGAGCACAUGGAAUCCUCAAAAAUGUUGUACUACAUAUGAAACUUUUAAAUGUGAAGAAGAUGCAGAUAUUCACAAAGGAAAAAAUUCUAUUAUGAUGGGAUAUACUAAAAAUUGUUGUUCUCUCCUUGAUGAUUCCAAAGAAAAGGAGAGUAAAAAAUUUAAAAAUAAUAUAAAACUGGAAAUUCCAAAUAGAAGCACAGGAAAGGAAGAACCAAUGAGUUACAAUGUGUUGAAGCAGGAUCUUGAUACAAAUAAUUUUGAAAAUUAUCAAAUAUGUCUAAAUCAGAAAAAAAGAGUAGAAGAAUACCCAAGGAUGGAUGAAAAAGAAGUAGGAGAUAUUAAUGACUUCAAAAAAAGAAACCACAACUAUUCCAAAGUAAAGACAAAUUAUCAAAGGCUUCACACAUCAAAAGAAAAACAAGUAUUUGCUACCUGGAUACAACCCUACUAUGACAUCUAUGUCAUAUGUUUACAAGAAUCCAUAUCAGAUAAUAUAAUCGAUUGUUUGUCCAUUUAUUUGAAAGAAAUAAACCAAGAAACAUAUGAAUUUUUACCACUAACUGAUUGUAAAUUGUCUGGUUAUGGAGACGGUGCAUUUCUACAGAUGAAAUCAACAACCAUUGCAGCUUGGGUCAGAAAAUCUAAAUUACAUCCAAAUGGUGCUAUAAAAUUAUGUGCAUCGAAAUCUAUAGCUUUUAACAAAUUAAAUAAUAGCAAAGGUUGUGUAUCAAUACUAUUCAACAUUUUUAAUCAAUAUAUUCUAUUUAUUGGUUGUCAUAUGCCAGCGAAAGAUCGAGAAAUAAGACAAAAAUCCAGAGAAUUUAUUCUCACUAAAUUAAGUGAAUACUUUAGUAACAAAACUACAACCAAUUUUAAGGAUGUCUUUCAUCACGUCAUUUGGAUGGGAGAUUUUAACUUUAGGGUUUACGGAAUACAUUUAGAAAAAGCUGUUCAAUGCUUACAAAAUAAUAAUUUAAAAGAAUUAUUAAAAUAUGAUGAGGGCCAUUCCGCUUAUUCAUAUGAUUUAUCCAUAAGCUUUCAGGAACUUCCUAUUACCUUUCUUCCAACUUAUAAGAAAAAUGGAAAUCGUCCAGUUAUCAAUAGGAACGAUGCCAAUUGGGUUCAGAAGGAGUAUAAGCUUAUCCACAACAUCAAGUGGUACAAAGGAGGGAGGCAGGAGUCACGUAUACCUUCUUGGACAGAUAGAAUUUUCAAAUGGUCCUGUGAAAAAACCAAACAAUGUCUAAUAUUUGUUCCUAAUUCCUACCAUUCACCGUUGACACAGGAAAAAAGCAUAUUAAUGGCUAGUGAUCACAGUCCCGUUUCUUGCUGUUUUCAAAUGUACAAAAUGAAGAAUGAUCAUGAAAUUCCGUCAACAAAGGUUACACUUAACGCAUUCAGAAUGGAAUAUACUCCCCGUGGAAUGUGUACAAGAGAGAUAAAUGAUCUAUAG